CCCUGAACCACUCAGCCAUUUGACUUACUGCAGCAAUGAGAUGUUUAGGCAACAAAGAUGCCACAAAAGUGGAUGGUGACUGAGGCUGUCGUUCUGAUUAGCAUCUCUUUUUGUGUUCCACAGAAAGUCGUACAGGUUUGGAACAACAUGAUGGUAUGGCAGCAAUUCGCAAGAAGCUGGUGAUUGUAGGAGAUGGAGCGUGCGGUAAAACCUGUUUGCUUAUUGUGUUCAGUAAAGACCAGUUUCCCGAAGUCUAUGUCCCCACGGUGUUUGAGAACUAUGUCGCCGACAUUGAGGUUGACAGCAAACAGGUGGAACUUGCUCUUUGGGAUACCGCAGGACAGGAGGACUACGAUAGGCUCCGUCCUCUUUCGUACCCAGACACUGAUGUCAUUCUUAUGUGCUUCUCUAUUGAUAGUCCUGACAGUUUAGAGAAUAUUCCAGAGAAGUGGACACCCGAGGUGAAACACUUUUGCCCAAACAUUCCCAUCAUCCUUGUCGGCAACAAAAAGGACCUGCGGAAUGAUGAACACACACGCAGGGAGCUGACCAAGAUGAAGCAGGAGCCUGUUAAGGCAGAGGAAGGGAGAGACAUGGCCAAUCGGAUUGGAGCAUUUGGUUAUAUGGAGUGCUCAGCCAAAACAAAAGAUGGCGUUCGGGAGGUGUUUGAAAUGGCCACUAGAGCGGCGUUGCAGGCACGCAGGGGAAAGAAGAGCAACAAAUGCAGUCUGCUGUGAAUACUCGCCAUUGGACUCUGUGCCUGUAUUGGGCCUC